UAGGUAGUAAGCAAACGUCAUCAAUUGUCUUUACUAUUAUUUAGACACGCGGGAACGAAAAACGCAAGUAUGCAUGUAUGCCUUGAGCAGCAGAAGUCUCCUUCAAUGCGCGACGCCAUACCCCGACAUGGGGCCAGUGAAUCGUCGUUGCAACGACGCAUGACUCUGGCCAUUCUUGUAGCGAUGGCCGCCCUUGACGUUCAGAUUGUGGUUUUCAGCAACUCCAUAGACGCCGCUGUUCUUUCGAUCGAGAAGAGUCUUGCAAAAGUUGGGAAGGUUGUCCUUGUUGGUGUACGUCUUGAAAAGGGUGGCACAGUCGUCUUCCGUCAAGCGGGAGUUCAUCGAGUCAUUGUCAACAGUGCUCAUGGUGAUGCUGAUUGUGCGAGGAAAAUUGGAUUGUGGCAGCUUCCAGAGCGCAGCCUGGCGACCGUUGUAUCUUGAAGUGUUG